GCCCAUAACAGGAGAAAAGCUACUUGCUUUAAAGCAAUUAGUGAAUGAACAAUUAUCGGCAGAUCAUAUUGAGCCUUCAGUUAGCCCCUAUAAUACACCCAUCUUCGUCAUAAAAAAGAAGAGUGGCAAAUGGAGAUUUCUCCAGGAUUUAAGGAAAAUAAACCAAAUCCUUGAACCCAUGGGGCCUUUACAAUGUGGUCUGCCAAAUCCAAAUUUAAUCCCACAUUCUUAUCAAUUGGCUAUAAUAGAUUUGCAAGACUGUUUUUCUCCAUUCCCCUACAGGAAAAAGAUCGUAAAUUAUUUGCUUUCACUGUUCCUGUGUUAAAUAACAGUCAGCCCACGGAACGGUACCAAUGGAAAGUCCUACCACAAGGGAUGUUGAAUUCCCCUACCAUGUGCCAACAUUAUGUGAGCCAAGCCCUCCAGCCCUUUCGUUUGCAGCAUCCACACCUCCUGAUCUGUCAUUAUAUGGAUGACGUGCUUAUUAGUGGGCCACGCCUCCCCCCUCAUUGGAAACAGGAUAUGCAAGCCUGUUUGUCACGUUAUGGUUUGAAAAUUGCCCCAGAAAAGGUUCAGGAAUCAUCUCCUUUUCAUUAUUUGGGACACAAAAUGAUAGCUAGCUAUUCUAUUCCUAUUGUCCCUGAACUUCAUGUUCCAAAAACAAUGAAAUAUGUCCAGCUGCAGCAAUUGCUGGGCAAUAUCAACUGGAUAAGACCCUAUUUUAAAAUUCCCCUUGAAGUUUUACGGCCGCUUUUUUCAGCCUUAAAAGGCCAUCAAUCUCCUGGUGAAAAAAUCACCUUGACUCCCACUCAGCAGGAGACUGUUGCCCAGCUAAAGGAAAUCAUGCGUCUCCACUGGGUUGAUCGAGCUAUUCUUAAUGUUUUGCCUGAUGUAGUCAUAAUGACAGAUUCUGUCCAACCUUUUGCGGCCAUUAUUCAGUUAGGCCCAUCAAAAGUUCACAUAAUUGAAUGGCUGUAUUUACAUCAUACACCAAAGAACACGGUGACUCCUUUAGUGGAUCUCCUUGCUCAGCUCAUCAGCAAGGGACGCCGCCGCUGCAAAAGCCUCUUUGGCACUGACUGCGGCCAACUCAUUGUACCCAUGCCUUUAGAACAAUGGGAAACUGCUCUCUCCACUAGCAUGGAUUUGCAGUGCGCCUUAGCCGAUUUUGUUGGCCAAGUGGAUUGCCAUAUCCCAGCCGACCCUCGCCUGCAAAUGAGCAAACAAUUUUCCCUGUCUUUCUCAACCAUAUUAUCUCCUGUCCCUUUGGACGCCCCUACUGUCUUUACUGACGGAUCCCCCUCCAGGGGGGUAGUUGCCUGGCAACAAGAUGAGGAAUGGCACAGCCUCUACACUCUUCCACAAAAAUCUGCCCAGCGUUCUGAGUUAGCAGCUGCUGUUAAAGCUCUGCACCACUUCUCCAAGCAGCCUUUAAAUUUGGUCGUGGACAGCCUAUAUGUUGCAAAUGUCAUAACUCGUCUACAAGGCAGUUAUGUAAGUCCUUUAUUGGAUGACAAUUUAUUGAGCCUUUUCCUAUCCUUACAAUUACUUCUUUCCACUCGCUCCCACCCUCUAUUUGUGGUGCACAUUCGCUCCCACCAACCUUUCCCUGGCUUCAUCACUGAAGGCAACGCGAAAGCAGAUUCACUGCUUAGAGCUUUGCCUGUUUCCCCUAUUGAAAGUCAUGCUUUCCAUCAUCAAAAUGCGAAAGCCCUUAGCCGCCAGUUCCAAAUCCCGUUGGAAGCGGCACGUGCAAUUAUUCAACAAUGCCCUCAAUGCUCUAAUCAGAUUGGCCACCCCAGCCCUGGUGUUAAUCCCCGUGGGCUGGCAUCCAACCAAUUGUGGCAAAUGGAUGUCACUCACUUCGCCCCUUUUUCACCUUGGAAGUUCAUACAUGUUUGUGUUGAUACGUUCUCUGGCUUUAUUUGGGCCACCCCUCAAAGGGGAGAACAAGUUAAACAUGUUUGCAAUCAUCUUGUUCGUACCAUGUCAGUCAUGGGCAAGCCUCAUUCCCUGAAAACUGACAAUGCCCCAGCGUACUGUGCAAAAACCUUUGCUCAGUUCUGUGAAACUUGGAAUAUUCACCAUUUAUUUGGCAUCCCCUACAAUUCUCAAGGCCAAGCCAUCGUCGAAAGGGCUAAUCGUACCUUAAAAACUGCUCUACAACGCCAGGAAAAGAAGGCCGGUGUCCCAGCCUCCCUUUCCGAAAAGGAAGGCUGGCUGGCCAGUGUUCUCUUUACUCUCAACCAUUUGAAUGUUUCCAUACAGGAUCAUCAAUCUUAUACUCGCCUGCAGAAGCAUUUUCAGCAAACAGAGAUACUCCCAGCCCCACUGGUCCGCUAUAAGAUAUUACCCUCCAACGAGUGGAGUGAACCUGUAAAACUGAUCACCUGGGGAAAGGGUUACGCUGCAGUGUCUACUCCACAGGGUCCUCGCUGGGUUCCCGCACGCUGCAUCCGCCUAUACCAUGGCAUGGCGACAGUCCCUCCCGAAUCCAGUACCGCAGUUCGACCACACACUACGGAUCGCCCAGGCCGCAGCGCCCAGCCCCCCCAGGACUCGCAAGCGGGGAAUCGUAAUGGACCUGUGACAUGGGGCCAAAUAAAAUCACUCUCAUGUCAGGCUGAACAGCUUAGAAAGGAAAAGCAGCUUGAAGCAACCCCUGAGAAUUUGCUUCUGUGUGUUAUUUCCUGCCUUAACAUUAAUUCCAUGACAGUGCUCAUUCUCAUUGCUUUGUUUUUGCCUCUUUCUGCUUCCACUCCUACUAGUGACACCCACGCACCUACAAAUGUGUGGGAAUCUUUUGCAAAGACACUCAAUAUUUCUUCCUUUUGCCUUACCCAACAGGUAUCUAUAGGGGAGAUUCUUGGCUCCUGCCUUAUCCCUGUUUGCCAUGACCCUUUUGAUAUACAAAAUGAUACCUGGUUUUUCUCAUCCCUACCCACAAAUGAUUCUCUCCGCACCCUUGGUUAUUCCGGUUAUUAUGUCUGGGGUAACCAAGUGCGCCGCCGCCCAUCUUUGGCCAUUGAUUUAUCGACCCCAUACGUGGCUUCCUUUAAUGUCACUUGCGCCCGUAUGGUGAAUUGCACAAAAGCCAACUGCGUGAAAAUGGGCACUGAUAAUUUCCACUGCUCUGAUUAUGUAAAUAUUUCCUAUCUGUAUAAAUACACAGAACUACCUGCGGGUUGGUUCUGGUCGUGUCCUGGCUAUACAUUUAAUUACAUUCCUGCAAACAUCAGCCAUGGAACACCCUGUUGUUUAAGCCGUUUGUCUAUUGUAUUACCCAAAAGCAUCAUUUGACCCCUUCUCGACAUCGCCGCUCUAUUGAAUUAACUAAUGAUUGUGAUGAUUCAAUUUCUCUUCCCAGUAGAUCUGAAUAUAUCUCCUUAGCUGUCUCUCUCUUAGGAGUUCCUGGAUUGGCUGUACGCAAUAGUAGAAAUAUUAAUUCUCUAGCUUGUUCUGCAGCAAAAGCGCUGAACUAUACUUCUCAAGCCCUUCACCUUCUGAAUAAAGAGCAAAGUGAACUCCAGCAUGGGCUUUUACAGAACCGCGCCGCGAUAGAUUACUUGCUGAUGCUUCAUCAUUAUGGCUGUGAACAAGUGAAUGACAUGUGCUGUUUCAAUAUUACUGACAAUUCUAGAGCCAUUCAAAGCCAAAUCUCUCAUUUGCAAAAUCUUACACAUCACAUUAAACAGGACGUUGGAUUUUCUGGCCUCUGGGAUUCUUUCACCCAGUGGCUUACUGCUUGGUUGCCUAACCUUACUUGGCUUCGUAGUCUCUUUCAAUAUGCUAUUUUCAUAAUUUCCAUUUUUAUUUUACUAUGCUGUUUCCUCCAAUGCGUUCCCAGCCUCAUGAGUCUUUUCUCUCGGCUUCUCUCCCCCCCUCCACCACCCAGCAAACUGCUUGCUGCUUACAUUGCGAAAUGGCAACACCAACAGUGAACCUUAGGGGAGAUGUGGGCGGAUUUAUUUUGGGCAUGCGCUGGCAAACCACGUAUCCUGAAGUACUUUUGUCCCAUCGACCCUGGCAGGCUUAUUUCGGGCAUUCGCUGGCACACCACUAAUCCCGAAGUAUUUUUGCCUUAUCCACCUGGAAUGCCUCGCAAACAAGAAAAGAAAGGGGGAGAUGAAGGGAAGUUCUCUUUCUGCAGUUCUCUUACUGCACAUAACUGUGGCAUUAUGGGAACUCUUACUAUGCAAUCUUUCUAUGCUUACUAUGAAAACUCUUGCUUCUUUCCUCUUGGAUUCUGGGAAGUCUCCUUCUGCUCUGCACAUACUGUUCCAAACACACCAAGCUCAGGACACCCAAGACAUUCCCUCAAUUCUUCAGUUCAUUCUGAGUUCACGUACAAAAACAACAUGCUCUGUUCUCAAUGCAUAGCUGACCACAUAUACGGACCUUUCACUUAUGAUCAAUCAUUAGUAAUUGUUUUAGUCAUGUUAUAUUAAUCUUAGUUACAAUUUAAUUAGGAGGAUUCAUGCCUGUCUAGUUCCAGCUCCGCUCCCAGUCUUUUGAACUAUCACUGAUUAAUGUAAAAUGUAAUGCCCGCCUUGUACCUAUGUUAACCAAUCAGCAACAAGAUGCUUUGUGUUUGUAUCAGCCAAUCAGCCACAAGCACACCUGUGGCAAUGUUUGUAAUAUUCAAUAAAGAGAGUCCCGGGACUUGCCCCGGGCAGACGCCUCUCCAUUGACACCCACCAUUCGUCUGUCGUGAUUUCAACCCAACA